AUGUCAAAAGUUUCUGUUGUGCCAAUAAAUACUGUGAAACUAAAAAAGCCAGAUAAUUAUAAGGCAGUAAAAAGAAAACCGAGAAAAGAGUCUAAUAAUAAAUCUAAACAACAUAAUGUAAAUAAUAAAAACAUUGAAGUAAACAAAACUGACGCUAAUACACAAACAUUAUCAAGAGAAAUCCAGAAUAGCUCUAAUCUAACUGACGUUGACUGUGUGAUAAUAGAAAAUAAUAACAAUACUCAAACAUUGGGAAGAGGGUCUCCUUCGAAACAUUACCUAGAAAGUAGAAGUGCUGCAUCCAGGCGAUACAGAGAACGUUUAAAAGAAACCAUGAGACGCCAAAGCGAGGAAAACAAGCAGUUAAGAGAGAGCAACAAAAGACUGACAGCUGAGAAGGCAGAAUUGAAACUUAUAUUAACAGAGCACCUUAAAAAAUGUCCGAUUGGAGAUGAACUUAGAGAAAUUCGACAGAGGCUGAAGAAAACUACCACAGUGUGA